GGACCCGGAUGAGGGCGCGCUGUCGCGGGUCCUUUGGAAGCCGCUGCGGUUACGGAGGUGGCUAAUGCGGGCGUGCGGCCGUGAGGGCGUGUGGGGGUGGGGGCCCUUCCAUCAGUCCUCGGAACUGACCCUCUGCCCUCAGCCCCCGUCCGCGUCUUUCGCCCAACCGAAGACCCCCGUCUUCUCCCUCUUCCAUUGCUCGGAGAAUUCUCGGGCUGAUCUCCCUUUUGGAACCGGAAGUGCUGCAGAGGUCUAAGAGGAGCAGAAAGGUGACGGCGAUUUGUGCACCUCCCAGACUGAAACCAAGAACUAAAAUGGGGUCACCAACUCAACUGCUUCCUUCCUGGGGUGGUGCCAAGACCAAGUGUGUGAACAGCUUUGUAAAUGAAUUCGCUGCAUGUGAUGCCGGUAUAAGAGUUGAAGUUACUCCGUGGGUAAACACCCCUUGGUGAUGAGCCCACGUACUAGAGUUUGGACUUGGAUCAAAGUCUGGGGCAGCUCCCUCAUUACCAGGGCACUGGAUGCGUGAUUGUGCCAGUCGGCUGCCAGUGCCUCCAGCAGCUCCUACUGUUACCCACUCCUGCAGGUGCUCCUACCGCCUUCGCUGUGCUUAGACCCACGUAACACCCACAGGAUCACCGGUCAUUGCUCGCGAAGGUGUGAACCCCGCCUGCUUCAGAGCCUCCCCAUCAUGACAUCCAAGAAGCUGGUGAACACGGUGGCAGGCUGUGCCGACGAUGCCCUCGCUGGCCUGGUGGCCUGCAACCCCCACCUGCAGCUCCUGCAGGGCCACCGUGUGGCCCUCCGUUCUGACCUGGACAGCCUCAAGGGCCGGGUGGCACUGCUGUCAGGUGGGGGCUCUGGCCACGAGCCUGCCCAUGCCGGCUUCAUAGGGAAGGGGAUGCUGACGGGGGUCAUCGCAGGAGCUGUGUUCACCUCCCCAGCGGUAGGCAGCAUCCUGGCAGCCAUCAGGGCAGUGGCCCAGGCGGACACGGUGGGGACCCUCCUUAUCGUGAAGAACUACACGGGAGACCGGCUCAACUUUGGCCUGGCCCGGGAGCAGGCCCAGGCCGAGGGCAUCCCUGUGGAGAUGGUGGUCGUCGGGGAUGACAGUGCUUUCACUGCCCCGAAGAAGGCGGGCAGGCGGGGACUCUGCGGCACAGUGCUCAUACACAAGGUGGCCGGUGCCCUGGCUGAGGCAGGUGUGGGGCUGGAGGAAAUCACAAAUCGGGUGAGCGUGGUUGCCAAGGCCAUGGGAACCCUGGGAGUGAGCUUGUCCUCCUGCAGCGUCCCUGGCUCCAGACCCACCUUCGAGCUCUCACCUGACGAGGUGGAGCUGGGCCUGGGGAUCCACGGGGAAGCUGGCGUGCGCCGGAUAAAGAUGGCCUCCGCUGACGAGAUCGUGACACUCAUGCUCGACCACAUGACGAACGUCUCCAACAUGUCCCACGUGCCUGUGCGGUCGGGCUCCUCGGUGGUGCUGAUGGUCAACAACCUGGGGGGCUUGUCAUUCCUGGAACUGGGCAUCGUAGCCGAUGCAGCUGUCCGCUCUCUGGAGAGCCGUGGGGUGAAGAUCGCCCGUGCCCUAGUGGGCACCUUCAUGUCUGCCCUGGAGAUGCCUGGCAUUUCUCUCACCCUUCUGCUGGUGGAUGAGCCUCUCCUGAAACUGAUUGAUGCCGAGACCACCGCAUCAGCCUGGCCCAAUGUGGCCAAGGUCUCCGUGACUGGGCAGAAGCGGAGCCGGGCAGCCCCCGCCGAGCCUCUGGAGGUCCCUGACCCCACUGCCGCAGGAGGCUCCGCCUCGAGGCAGACGGUGCUCGUCCUGGAGCGGGUGUGCGCCACCCUCCUGGGCCUGGAGGAACAUCUGAAUGCCCUGGACCGAGCUGCCGGCGAUGGGGACUGUGGCACCACCCACAGCCGCGCGGCCAGAGCCAUCCAGGGCUGGCUGAAGGAGGGGCCACCCCCUGCCAGCCCUGCCCAGCUACUCUCCAAACUGUCCCUCCUGCUCCUGGAGAAGAUGGGAGGCUCCUCUGGGGCGCUCUAUGGCCUGUUCCUGACUGCGGCGGCCCAGCCACUCAAGGCCAAGACAGACCUGCCGGCCUGGUCUGCUGCCAUGGAGGCCGGCCUGGAGGCCAUGCAGAAGUACGGGAAGGCUGCCCCAGGGGACAGGACUAUGCUGGAUUCCCUGUGGGCAGCAGGACAGGAGCUCCAAGCCUGGAAGAGCCCGGGGGCCAAUCUGUUCCACGUUUUGACGAAAGCAGUCCAGAGUGCGGAGGCUGCAGCCGAGGCCACCAAGACUAUGGAGGCCGGAGCAGGGAGGGCCAGUUACAUCAGCUCUGCGAGGCUAGAUCAGCCGGACCCGGGGGCAGUGGCCGUGGCCGCCAUUCUCCGAGCCAUCCUGGAAGCCCUGCAGGGCCGGGGCACGUGAGCGCCUCCCUGGGCCUCCGCGCCCCUCUCACCAGCGUGUGAAGGUGGCCACUGGCAGUUCCUCCUGUCUUCCAGCUGUCAACCCCCACCCACCCACCCUGUUGCCCCCAGGGCCUGUCCUGGGUUCAGCAGGGAGCCCUCUACCAACCUCCAGAAUUCCUACAGAGACUGCAGGCCCCGAGUGGGUCAUGUGCCACCUUAGCAGUACACCUCCUCUUCAGGGGGGUGGGAUUCUGGGGUCACCUCGCUCUGCCCCCAGCCACCUCGAGGCUUUGGCAAUAGGCAUUUUCCUUGGGUGGCAACAUGGCCUUAAAUCAGCCAUGCUCAUUUGGUUUUAAGGCUCCCUGUGAAAGGCCUUCCCACCUGACCCUGAGCCAAUGUGAAAAACAAGCAAAUUUUAAAAAACCACACAGAAGCAAGAGCUCCUGCUUCUGCUGAGGGCGCUUUUCCCCACCAAAACCCCAGGCACUAAGGCCUCAGCCCCAGGCUCAAAUGAUCAUGACCCAGGGCACCUGGGUGGCUCAGUGGGGUAAGCAUCCUGACUCAGGUCAUGAUCUCAUGGUUCACGAGUUCAAACCC